UGGCACAGUGUCCAGGCGGCGCUCGGACAGCCCCUGAUGGAGCCCUUCCUGGCGUCUGUUGCAUAGCUGCAGGAAAAGCUGCAGGAGGGAGGGAGGGAAGAGGAGAGACAGAGUGUGGAAGGAGAGAAGGAGAGAGGAGGGCGAGAAGGAGAGACAGAGUGUGGAAGGAGAGAAGGAGAGAGGAGGGCGAGAAGGAGAGACAGAGUGUGGAAGGAGAGAGGAGGGCGAGAAGGAGAAGUGUGGAAGGAGAGAAGGAUAGAGGAGGGCGAGAAGGAUAGAGGGAGGAGGAGAAGGAAGGCAAAAGGAGAGCGAGAGAGAUAGGGCUGAGACAGUGAAGGGCCGGGGGGGUUGAAUGAGAUGGAGGGUGGAAUACAAUGAGUGACAGAGGAUAGAGAGAGUGGGUGAGGGAUAGAGAGAACAAGGGACAGAGGGAAAAAGGAUAGAGUGAAGGACGAGGGCAGAGAAGGAUUGAGUGAGGUGGAGGGGGGUAUGGGGAGAGCAAUAGAGUGAAUGACAGAAGGGGAGGGAGAAGGAGUUCUCAAGGUAAUAUAAACAGGGAGGAAGAGAUAGGGGAGUGGAAGGGGAUAGGAAGAGUGAAGGCAGAAAUAGGAAAAAUAGAAAGAUUGAGAGAGAAAAAGAAGAGUAAUAAAUAUAUGAGAGGGAGUGAGUGGGGGGGAAAUUGAAAGCUAUUAGGUGAUAUCAGAGCAGUUUAAUGUAGGGGUGAGAAAUAGGUCUACACCAAAGAAGAAAGGUCAGAAAUAAAGAUAAAAGGAAUAAAGUGAGGGAAAUAGAUACAGUGAGUGCUCAUAAAACAAAGGGUGACAGAACUGCUGUAGAGGAAAGGGCAGAAGGAGAGAGAGAGGGUAGAUAGAAACAAAGGAAAUUACAGGGUUCAGGCAAGAGACAGAUAUAUAAGGGAAAGAGACUGAAUCUAGUCACGUUUACCUGGUGAGUUUUGUUUUAGUGUAUAGUAUCACAGGUGCUAAGAAAGAUUGGAAGCUUUGGUGAGAUAGGGAAAUAAGCAUAACUAUAACAAUUGAGAAAGAUUGAGAGAGUGUUGUGAAGAAAUAUUGAGAGAUCUACAUAUUGGAGCCUGCCUGACAAAUGGACUAACAGCAGGUUUAGGGGCAGAUAUAUGUAGAAGAAACAUAGUAAUAGACAGAAACAUUUCAAAAACACUAAUAUACAAGGAAAACAUACCCAUGAGAUAAAGAACAGGAUCAGAAAAAUAUUUAAAGCAGAGUAAAGAGGCAGAUGCAACUGAAGGUCUGGGAUGAUGGGUUACAUAGAGUAGCAAUAGGGAUAGGGUCUACUGUGGCUGCGUCAGUGAAGAUAUUGAUAGGAGUCGCCACAUAGCCUCAGCCAAAAAGAGUAAAGGACAAAGGAAGGGAGAUUCAAGAAGAGAAAACAAAUACAGACACUGAGGGAAACAAUAAUUCAUUUAGAAAUCCUUUGAAAGCAGCAGUGAGAAAGUGAAUGGGCUGGACCCGGAACAAAAUAAAAAUCUGCUAAAGAGACAGACACAAAGGAACUGAGUCAAAACAGAGGGACAGAAAAUGUCAAGAAUUGGGGGCUCAGAGAGCCAUCAGUGGAAGAAUCAACAGGCAAAGGUUAAGACAAUAAGCUCAAGUCUGUGUGGUUAUCAGAAAAAAACAUGGCUGCGGAGAACAGUGCUCUACCUGAACUGAACCAGGACAAGUACGAUGGGGAUGAACACAUCAAAAUCAUCUGUUUGGGAGACAGUGCCGUGGGUAAAUCCAAGUUGAUGGAAAGAUUCCUGAUAGAUGGAUAUCGUCCUCAACAGCUGUCCACUUAUGCAUUGACGCUGUACAAGUACACCACUAAAGUCAAUGACAAGACUGUUCUAGUGGAUUUCUGGGACACAGCAGGACAGGAGCGUUUUCAGAGUAUGCAUCCAUCCUAUUAUCAUAAGGCACAUGCCUGUAUCAUGGUGUUUGAUGUGCAGAGGAAGAUAACUUACAAAAGUCUGAGUAACUGGUACACUGAACUGAGGGAGUCUCGGCCUGAGAUCCCCUGUGUGAUCGUCGCAAACAAAAUAGACGCUGAUCUGAAAAUCACACAGAAAAGCUUCAACUUUGCCAAGAAGCAUGGGUUGCCUUUUUAUUUUGUGUCAGCGGCGGAUGGGACCAAUGUGGUAAAGCUUUUUCGUGACACAAUAAAAUUGGCAAUGUCGUACAAACAGAACUCGAGCGAUUUCAUGGAUGAAGUUAUGCGGGAGCUAGAGAAUUUUGAUCUUGAAGCAAACGAGGAGACCAGGGAUGACGAGUCAAAAGAGGACCAAUCUGAAUCGCCAUAAUGGUAUUUGUAAAAGGGAGAAGCCUCGGAGCAGAGUCUUGGGCAAGCUCUGUUCUAAUGUGCAGGAUGAGACUUGGCUCUCCCUUUUCAACCUUAAUGCACAACUACAUAGACUGAAUAAUGAAGUUACUUCAUAGCUUGUCUGAAAUGCAAGGCAUUGGAUUGGAUUUCUGAUUUGAGGGAGACAUCUAUUUCCCUGACCUCCUCUUUGUAGCUGCUCAGUCUGUUCAGCAAUUUGAAAAAGGAAGCUGAUAAAGAAAGUUCUGAAAUUGUCCCCACGCACCAAAAUGAUGAAGUGGGUCCAAAUGGAAUGAUUACAGUGUGUAUUUCCGAAAUUUAUUUACAAUGACAUUUCUUUUCUCACACCAACAGAUGAAGUUGAGCAUCAUUUAACGUUGCGUCACUAUCUUUGUAGCCUGUUUGUGUAUUAUUUUAGUGACCUUGGCUGUGCACGUGACAAUUGAUUUUAUGCUGCUGUCUAUUGUGGACCUCUCGGUGACUUUGUAAUAGUUCAUUGAACUGCUUUCAUUCACACUGUAUAGAAAAUUGUGCCCAUGUGCACCUGAUAUCAGUGAAUCCAGUCCCGAGACAGAUCAGGAAGAUAAAUAUAUGUAGAUGAGGUAUCGUGCAGUGCCCCAGGCAUUAAAUAGGGACAUGAAACACGUAGUAUAUAUUACUGGAGGUCCUGGCCACUUUUCACCGUUCAACUCUGCCAAGACUGAGAUUAGGACUCUUGCAAUUAGCCUCAGUGCACUUGCACUGCAGAGGGUGAAAGAAACCAGGGUGUUUAUUCACAGAUUUCCUGACAAGGGACACUGGGCGUGCAGUUUGUCUGGAGAGUGCAGACUCAGUUUGGAAUGCCUGCACCACAUAGUGGAAUAGUCAAGGCAUACUCUGCCUCGAGCUUCUAUGGAUCAGUAUCAGAAAUAAGGUGAUGACUCAAUCUUUACUCUGUUCCAUCGGGAUGGCUGGGAGGGUUCCAAAGAGCAUGGUCCAAGUAGUUGGUAUGUUUGCAUUGUAGUUUGGAAUUGGUAUUGCUUAUUGCUGCAUUCUGUAAAGCAGCUUGAUAUAGCAUUUAUUAUAAAGUGAUUGCUCUCGCAAGUUUAUUCCUUGUGCAAGAAAGCAUUUACAGAGCAAUGACUGAGUGUUGUUAUAGUGAGCAGCUUGGCCUGAGACUCAGCCUCGACAGCAAUAUCGCUUGCCAGAACAUCAAAUAAGAAAUUCCACAAAGCUUCAGAUUCAUGUAUCUUAUCUGUGAUGGUUGAAUUGGCUACUAAAUUUGCUGAAAAUUAGGAAUACUGCAGUUGGUAGAAAUCUGAAAAAGAAUACUGGAAACACUCAUCAGACCGGGUGACAUUUGUGGAAAGAGAAACAGAAUAACUAGGAAAGAGAGUAAACAAGUUACUUUUAAAUUGCAGAAUGUUGGGUGUGAUGGAAGAGACAAAGAGAUUAUCGCUGAUAGGGUGAGACCACAUUGUGAUAAAAUGCUGAUGAAAUUACCUGGUUGAUAGAUUAAUGAGGAUUACUGGGAUAAAAAUAACACAAACAAAGGAGCAUUUUAGCCAUAAAAUGCAAAGCUGAAGGAAAUGCUCAGAAGGUUCAGGCCGUGAUAUUAAAGGGAGAAAACUCGAGCCAACAUUAGAAAUGGAUGACUUACAGCAGAACUGGUGAGUACUGAUCCAAACAGGAAAACCAAGAAACUGUUUAGUUUGUCAGUGAAUCUGGAAAGCUGCAACAUGCCCAGGCAGAAGAUGAGGUGCAUUCUUCGAGCCUCAUCAUAACAGUGCAAAAGGCCGCAGCAGACUGGUCAGAUUGGGAAUAAGGUGGAGGAUGAAAGUGAGAGACAAUUGGAAGCUAAGUUCGUCCCUGCAAACUUAGUACGUGCUACUCUGAAUGCUGAGGACCACAUCAAGAGGAACAACUUGGGUAAGACUGGAGAGGGAGUCUGUACACUUUACCUCUAAAAGAAUGUUUACCUACAGCAGAAAGUGAAGCUAACAAUAUUGAAGAAUUUUGCAUCCGAUGCAUCACCUGAUUAUCAGAUAGAUUUUUGGACCAAAAACUCACCCACUGACUUCACUGCACAGGAUCUUUGAACUGAGUUUGCUCAUACAUUGAAACUUUGGGAGUAGAAAGCUCAGGCUUUCUUCAGUCUGGUUUUUACAGCUCUUUAGAGAAAUGGCCUUGGGUUGUGUCCCAAGACCGUGUGAUUGCUUCUUAGUUAGUCUUCAGAGAGCCCUGUAUCUUGAUCAUCAGAAACCAACAAAAUGUUUUGGUGGACAGUCUAAGAUUAUUUGUAUCAUUUGAGCUUUGGUAUCAUUGUGCAAAUAUUAAUGAUUAUAUAGAUGUUAACAGAACAUUUCUGUCCUUGUGUUUUUGUAGACCUUCCCCUUGAAAAUGUGAGCUUUGCUCUUUUAUCUUGUUUGGAUUGGUUGCUUUGUAGGCCCUGAUCCUGAGUUUGAUCUUUGUGCUCAAGUGGAAAUGUUUUUAAUCUUUGUUGCCAGACAAUUUCAGUUAAUAUGAGUAGUGAAUCUGCUGAAUCAGUAACUGUCUUGAUUAAGGCAAUUUUGCAGAGAAAUAAAUAUGUUUACGGAAAACCUAAA